AUGCGUUCCACCUUCUCUGCUAUCGCCGCCCUGGCUGCUAUUGCUGGCGCCCAGUCCACCACCUCGAUUGACAUUGCAGCUAUCUCGGUUCCCGCUCCCACUGAAGUCUUUGUUCUUCCAGUGGUUUACGUUACCGAGGCUGGUGCUCCUAUCCAAACCGCAACCACGCUGGCAGCAUCUGCUACGGCUUCCAGCGAUGCACAGGCGACCAAUGUGUUCGAUUCGUCGGCCGAUGUUAGCGCUGCCAUCUCGUCUGCCUCCGAAUUAGCCAUCGCUACUUCCACUCCCAUCUCUCGCAUCAAGCGUGACACCUGCGUCCAGCAGCCUCUGGGUAUCAGCUACAACUCGGUCCCUGAUACUGCAGCUGCCUUUGCCGCCGACACCUACUACGGCCUCAAGGCUGUUGCUGCUGGCGCCCCUACCGGCUACGUUCAGACCAUGUCUAACUUGACUGCAUCCAACUCGGCCGACAAGUACAUGGGAUUCACUCUGCUUCCCACUUACGAUGUCGCCUCUUGUGUCAACCAAUGCAAUGCCAUCAGCGGCUGCAACUCGGUCAACAUCUACUUCGAGCGCGACCCAAGCGUCAACCCUGAUAGUUCCGCCUGUCAGAACCCUUCUAGCACAAUCAACAUCAAGUGUGUGUUCUGGGGAGGCGCAGUUGUUCCCGCUAACGCCAACAACUUUGGUCAGUGGCGCGAGAACUUCCAGGUUCUCAUCGCUGGCAGCAAUGGUUACAUGAAGUCUACCUACGCAUCGAUACUCGCUGCCCAGGCCACUGCCACUUCUUCCAGCUCGUCUGCAGCUGCCUCUGCUACUGACACCGCUGGCAACAUCUACACCAUUUACUACUCGUCUGAUUCGACCACUGGAGCCUACUCUAACGCCCAGGCAAGCUCUUCCUACAAAGACUGCAUGACUGCUUGCGAUGCCGACUCCAAGUGCAAUGCUUUCACCUACGUUGGUGGUACCAACGGUGUUGGCUCAGGUCAGUCAAUUGUCGCUCUCCUAUCGACCCAUGAAUGCUAA